GCAAUGACCAAUCAUGUAAAAGAAGCACAAUAAUUGGACAUUAAAAAAACAAACGGCACAUGGAUAAUCUGGAAAACUGAUUCGUUUCAAAGAUGUGGAAAGCUACCCGUGACUCGUUCAUCACCUUCUUUAAAGUGUGUUUACUUAACCUUCAACAUCUCUUUGAGCAGAUGCCCCGGUUCCCCAAACAUGUUCUAAUGAGGUUAUUUUAGUUGAGGGGGUGGAGUUAGUGAUAUAACAAAUAUAAGUAACAUCUAUAAAUACCAAACUUUGUCACUGUUCUGUACCUUGAACACAAGUUUCACUCUUGAGAUCAAACAGGUUCAAGCUGAAAGAAUGCAGGCUCUUCAGGUUCUGUCUCUGACUCUGCUGUCUGCGCUGGCGGUCAGCGCUCAAUCCAUCGGAUCUGGGAAAUGUCCAGAACCUCCUGUUCAGCAAAACUUUGAUCCUACUAGGUACAUGGGCAGAUGGCACGAGAUCAUGAAGAUUCCAGCGCUGUUCCAGUUGGGAGAGUGCUGCCAGGCCACUUACACUCUGAGUGACGGCAUCGUCCUGGUUCGAAACGAUGAGCUUCUUGCUAAUGGCACUAUCAGCUUCAUUGAGGGAACUGCCAAGAUUGUAGAUGCAUCAGAGCCUGCCAAACUUGAGGUCAGCUUCUUUGAAGAUGCUCCUGAUGCUCCCUACUGGGUGCUGGCUACUGAUUAUGACAACUACACCCUGGUUUACUCGUGCACUGAUUUCGCCGGUCUCUUUCACUCUGAGUUUUCCUGGAUCAUGAGCAGGACCCGCACACUUCCUAAGGAGACGGUCUCUGAGCUGUUAGACAUCCUCAAAUCCCAUGGCAUCGGUACUGAUGCUUUUACUGAGACCGACCAGAGACCGGAACUGUGCAGCGGCAUGCCUUAAUGUACCUGCUUUGAAUAAUGAGCUACUGUGAGAUGUGUUGUGGUCUAAUUACGUUUUUUUUUUAAAGCCCUAACAUUUAUAUUGUUGGGUUUUUUUUUAAUGUAAUAUUCCAACAACAUGUUCUUAAUCAGUGGUCUGUGGCAUGAGAAUGUGAAUAAAUCUGUUCUUAAUCAUAGGACGCAAUGUAAACUAAAGCUUUUAGUUUAAUUCUAUUUAUGCAUUGCUAAUGUGAAUUUUCUUUCUUCACACAGUUGAAUGUUGUCUAUAUAGUAUCUACUGUGUGAUCAAUCAAAGACUUUGGAUCAAACUUUGAAUAAAGGACAAAAUAUCAAAA